AGUCUGAACCCUAGCCGCCCAGUCGCCUUCCAUCUCCAUCGUCGCCUGGUCCUCAGCCCCAGUAACCCUCCAUCGUCGCCUGGUUCCCUGCCCAGUAGCCCUCCAUCUCCAUCGUCUUCAUCUUCUCAACACCAGCAGGCAGUAGCCUUCCAUCUUCGCGUGGUCAUCAACACCAUCUCAUCGUCUUCAUCGUCGCGCGGUCCUCAACAGUCAACACCAGAAGCCUUCCAUCGACCCCAGUUUGUAGGUAUUCAGAACCUUAUAAAAAGAAAUGAGCAAUUAUAUAGCUCAGAAAAUCCUCCCAGUGGUGUAUCUUUACCUUUUAUUCUGGUACAGACACGUCCUCAUGCAACUGUUGAAGUGGAAAUAUUAGAAGAUAUGCAGCUUGUGCAUUUUGAUUUCAAUAGUACUCUUUUUGAGCUGCAUGAUGACAACUAUGUGCUAAAGGCAAUGAAGUUCUGUGGGAGACCACAGAGUGAUAGUAUAUUUAGUUUCUAAUGAUUUUUUAGAAUGUUGCUAGCUUAUAAUAUAAUGAUAACAUGU